AUGGACAACGACAAUGAGGGGGCCGGCGAGUUGCCAAUGAAGGACUACCAAGACCCACCACCGGCACCGUUCAUUGACGCAGAGGAACUGACCAAGUGGUCGUUGUAUAGGGCCGUCAUUGCCGAGUUUGUGGCCACCCUCUUGUUCCUCUACAUUACUGUUCUAACUAUUAUCGGCAACAAUGCCAACGCCUCUCAAUGUGGUGGCGUUGGCAUUCUCGGCAUCGCUUGGACUUUCGGUGGCAUGAUCUUUGUGCUCGUAUACUGCACUGCCGGUAUCUCUGGAGGGCAUAUUAAUCCGGCGGUGACAUUCGGGAUGCUCCUGGCUCGGAAGGUGUCAGUGGUCCGGGCAGUGAUGUACAUGGUGGCUCAGUGUUUGGGGGCCAUAUGUGGUUGUGCGUUGGUGAGGGCAUUUCAUGAGGCUAACUACGUCCGGUAUGGUGGUGGAGCCAACGAAAUGAGUUAUGGUUACACCACAGGCACUGGUUUGGCAGCUGAGAUCGUAGGCACAUUCAUCCUAGUUUACACAGUCUUCUCUGCCACUGACCCUAAGAGGAGUGCACGAGAUUCCCAUGUUCCUGUUCUGGCACCACUUCCAAUUGGAUUUGCUGUGUUCAUGGUUCAUUUGGCCACAAUACCGAUCACCGGCACAGGUAUCAACCCAGCUCGAAGCUUCGGAGCUACUGUGAUGGAUGGCACCGAAAAAGCCUGGCAUGAUCAAUGGAUUUUCUGGGUUGGACCAUUUAAGGGCGCGGCCAUCGCGGCAUUCUAUCACGAGUACGUUUUGAGAGCAGCAGCACUUAAAGCUAUGAGAUCCUUUCGGAGCAGUGGGAGGACUACAAAUUAAUGUGUAUGAAGGAGGGGUUUCACCAUUGUGGGUUUUGGCACUUGUUUUUGUUUCACUAUAUUUUGU